AUGAAUACCCCAAACCUUCUGACAAUACCUGUUGAGCUGCGCGAACUCAUAUACGGCUUCCUCUUUAGCAGCUACACCAUUCGACAUGGCUUCGAACAUGCCAGUGCCCCAAGCGGCGACUCAGAGUCCUAUAAUCGCAUAGCGCUUCUGCUCAGCUGUCGCCGGAUCUUCGCUGAGGCGCAUCGCCAUCUUCCGCUCAAUUGCACUCUCCAUUUCCGCGGCACAGAAAAUCUACUCGAGACACUUCUCUCUGUUGAUCAGAGUGUGUUGACGCGCCUCCGCCACGUUCGAGUUCGCGCGUAUCCCUUCCCACUGUACGCCUCAGGAAACUCGCAGUACUACCCUACUUACUAUGCCGCCAAUGCGCUCACUCUGCUUCCCGGCCUUUGUCUGGAUACGUUGGUUGUGGAGGAUUGCUGGCAUGGUUUCGGUCUGGGCGAUGGUUGGCGAGAUGUCACAACUUACUUCGACAUUGAGACUCUCCUGAAAAGCGAUGCUUGGAAAGAAUUGACAUAUAUCACCCCAUGUACCGAUUUUAUCGCAUCAGGCUAUGACCACCGGCGUAAACGAUCGGCGCAACCUGAGAACUGGGAUGCACUCAUCAAAGAACGCGAUGGAGAGGAGUACGGCGCAGAGGUCAAGAUGUACAUCGUUCCUUAUGCACAGAAUACGGCAACCGGGGACGAGAAGACAGAAGACGGACGUACCAUGCAGCUCUGGACAGCAAAGCCAGGCCACGAAGUCAACGAGAAUUGGCGCAUCGCGGGACCGGAGCAGGACAUGAAAGGCGAAGUGAGGAUUGUUGCGAAGAGAGGCAAGAGGUCAAGAGCUGUGCAGCUUGGACUCGCUGGAAAGAAGACUUGGAAGGAGUUGAAAGGAAAAGAAUCAGGUCGCUUUGCUCCCGAAGGUAAACAGUAUUCUGGAAUCAGCAUUAUGGAGAAAACUAGCUUACACCACGCAGGAUGGAUACCAUACCACAACGACAUGGCCGACGCGGUUGCAUGGAUAUAUGGGGGCCACGGGAGGAGGAUACAACUCGCGAAUGCUGCUUUACACAGCUGA